CCCUCCUCCCGCUCUGCGGCGGCCGCGGCCGAGAGGAGUUCGGGGCGGGCGUGCGGGCAAGGGGGGGAGGCGAGGCGGCGCGCCGCGAGAGGAGGCGGCGGCGAGAGGAGGCGGAGGAGCAGCAGGCGCCGCCAUGGCCGCGGCGCUCACCGACAUGGCCGACCUGGAGGAGCUCUCCCGCCUCAGCCCGCUGCCCCCCGGCAGCCCCGGGCCCGCGGCGCGGGGCCGCGCCGAGCCGCCCGAGGAGGAGGAGGACGACGACGACGACGAGGCGGAGGCGGAGGCGGAGGCGGUGGCCGCGCUGCUGCUGAACGGCGGAGCGGGCGGCGGCGCGGGGGGCGGCGAGGCGGAGACCAUGUCGGAGCCGAGCCCCGAGAGCGCCAGCCAGGCGGGCGGGGACGAGGACGACGAGGAGGAGGACGACGAGGACGGGGGCAGCAGCAGCGGCGGCGCCGAGGAGGAGAGCAGCGCCGAGAGCCUGGUGGGCAGCAGCAGCGGCGGCUGCAGCGGCGACGAGACGCGCUCGCUGAGCCCGGGCGCGGCGAGCAGCAGCAGCGGCGAUGGGGACGGGAAGGAGGGCCUGGAGGAGCCCAAGGGACCGCGGGGCGGCCCGGGCGGUCCGGGCAGUGGCGGCGGGAGUAGCAGCAGUAGCGUGGUGUCGAGCGGCGGCGACGAGGGCUAUGGCACCGGGGGAGGCGGGAGCAGCGCGACCUCCGGGGGCCGGCGGGGCAGCCUGGAGAUGUCGUCGGACGGGGAACCGCUGAGCCGCAUGGACUCGGAGGACAGCAUAAGCAGUACUCUAAUGGACGUAGACAGCACAAUUUCCAGUGGGCGUUCAACUCCAGCAAUGAUGAACGGACAAGGGAGCACUACUUCUUCAAGCAAACACAUUGCCUAUAAUUGUUGUUGGGACCAGUGCCAGGCGUGCUUCAACUCUAGCCCAGACCUGGCAGACCACAUCCGUUCCAUACACGUAGAUGGUCAGCGCGGAGGGGUGUUUGUUUGCUUAUGGAAAGGUUGUAAGGUGUAUAACACCCCAUCAACCAGUCAGAGUUGGUUGCAGCGGCACAUGCUGACACACAGUGGAGACAAACCUUUCAAGUGUGUAGUUGGUGGCUGCAAUGCCAGCUUUGCUUCUCAGGGAGGGCUAGCUCGUCAUGUGCCCACACACUUCAGUCAGCAGAACUCCUCAAAAGUUUCUAGCCAGCCAAAGGCCAAAGAAGAAUCUCCUUCGAAAGCUGGAAUGAACAAGAGGAGGAAACUAAAGAACAAAAGACGGCGCUCAUUACCACGACCACAUGAUUUCUUCGAUGCACAAACACUGGAUGCCAUAAGACACCGAGCCAUAUGCUUUAACCUCUCGGCUCAUAUAGAAAGUUUAGGGAAGGGACACAGUGUUGUUUUUCAUAGUACUGUAAUAGCUAAGAGAAAAGAAGAAUCUGGAAAGAUAAAGCUUUUGCUUCAUUGGAUGCCUGAAGACAUUCUGCCAGAUGUGUGGGUGAAUGAAAGUGAACGACAUCAGUUAAAAACUAAAGUAGUUCAUUUAUCAAAGCUACCCAAAGAUACUGCCUUGCUGUUGGACCCAAACAUUUACAGAACAAUGCCGCAGAAGAGGUUGAAGAGAACUCUGAUAAGAAAAAUGUUCAAUUUGUAUUUAAGCAAACAGUGAACGACAUUUGCAAUCAACUAAAAAUUCGUCUAUCGAAUUAGGUCUGAGAAUCACUGUUAAAGAGUGUUGCCGUAUGUCUGUUGGCUCCCUUUUCAGGACUAGGGUCUUUUAUGGGGUACAGUGUGUUAUAUUUACCUACAUAACUACUCCUGUCAAUGGUUUUUGAGAAAAACCUCAAAUUCAACUUAUUUGAAUAAUCUUCAUAUUUUCAUUUAACCUGUGACUCUAAUUUUUUUCCUGAGGAAAGAGUUGGUUUUUGAAUUUUUUUUAAAUGUAAAAAAAAAAAAAUGUAUUUUUUUUAAAGUAUCUUCAAACCGAAUCUUUUAUGCACCAAAGUUGGUUUUGAAAAGGAAAAUAAAAUCACUUUCUUGCUUGGCACGCAAGAAGCCAUAUGGAAUUUUUUAACUUUACAGAAAUGGAAAUAUGUGUAACUUGUCAGUACUGUAUCAAACAAAUGUUGCAUAGAGAUAAUAGAGUGUUGCUUGUAAAUAAUUCAGCAGAUUUGUAAUAUAUUUUUCUAUUAUGAAAUGUACUGUAGAUGUUUUCUAGAGGCAUGAAAGUCAAUGUAUAUAUUAUGGUAGAAAUAAUAUUGAAGGAAAUUGUAACUCACUAGCGCUGCCAGAGGGAUUGCUAACAAAGCACCUUUAACAAGAGAUGUCUUUGCAGACUGAAGGGACUGUGUACUACUGUUAAUGUCUAAGAACAAAGCAUUGGACAUCCUUCCAGAAAGUCUUUGAGGGAGGACAUAAAUGGCAGUUUAUGGCACACCCUCUGACAGUGACUGAGGUAGUCGUUGCUUACUGUUGGGAGCACAUACUGGAAAGCAUGUGCUGUGCAGUCAGACUGCAGAAAGCACUCCUCAGUCGGGAGUUCUCACUUCCUACAAUGACAGGAAACCAGCAGUUUGUACACUAAAUUUUUUAAAGAAAGACAAAAAUAUAAAACUAAACCUUUGGUUCCAAAAUGGGAAAGGUUCCAUGAUGCAUAGAUCAUUUCUCAUUUGCUUAAAAAAGAAAAAAAACCACACACAGAGAAGGUACUGAAAGUAUUGGGGGUUGAACAGGGCAGUGGGUAAAGAGGUGGAGUGAGAUGCUGAGGGACGAGGGAAAGAAAGCACUGCCAGUGAGGACACUCUGGAAUGGCCGUCUGAUGUGCUCUGUAGCAAACGGGAAUCUAUUUUCUAAAGAAGAAAAACAGUGUGUUCUUAAUCUUAUUUUCCUUUGCUUAAGCACUUCAUCGUUUGUUUUAGUCUAUAUCUGAGAAGUACUCUGCAGUCUCCUUUGUUCCUUUUAAAUUUUGGUUUGUUAUAACAUUGCCAAAUAGAAGUGUUUCAGACAUAGAGUUUGUACCUGUAUUUUUAUUUUACUGUCUCAUGUUCUUGUAAGUCAUUCUCAAUUGACCGAUGAUUGUAGACUUUGCUUGAAUAUUUUUUCUAAUAAAACAAAACAAAUCACAUUUAGCUUCAAAUUGUAACAAUUUAAUUUUUAAGAUGACAUCUGGAAAUAAAUACACAUCCAACAUUUUCUGUAGGUGUACAAAUAACAAAGUAGUCGUUGUCACUGUAUAGAAACCUUUAGAUGUUGAACCAUCCACAUUGCUGCUUGUUGGUUAGCCUCAGAGUACUCAGUUGUUCCUGGUCCCUUUACUUCUGGUGUAACUUGGGUGUGACAUUGUUACUAGCACACCAAAAAGAAUAUGAAGUUAAAGCAAGCUAGUUUUAUAACUUGUAUGUAUACAUAUUUACACAUUCAAACCUGAUUGGAUAGUAACUUUGGACAUUUUAGGCUGUAAUGUUCAUUAAUGUUUCUUCUUGUUCUGCUCUUCCUGUGCCCACGUAUGUCAUAUUUUGUAGUGGGCAUAGGAUUAUGUUUCUUUUUCUAAAUUUAUGUCUAGUCCAGCACUGGACAGCCUGCAGCCCAUAGGCACACUUACUCAUUUUCAUACCUGUUAUUUGAUUUUCCCCUGCAGUGGCAUAUUGGAAUUAUCAGACCUUAGGGGUCUGCAAGCCUGAAGUAUUUAAUGUCUGCUUUAUAAAAAGAUGUUUGUUAUUCCCUUGUAUAGCUAAUAAAAAUUUUGGAGUAGUAAACAUAGACCACAUAGUUUGCACUUAAUAUGGUAGUGUACACAGUGCUAAAUUUCUGAGAAGGUCAUCUCCUACACUUUGCAGGAGGUACUCCCACAGACAUCUGAGGUGUUUGGGUGGAACUUUCAUGUUGGAUUGCUUAUAUUGUUGAGGACCUACCAUUUUACCAAGGUGUUUUGUCUUACAGGGAUAAAAUAAGAAUCUGUUAAGUCAGAUUCUGUGUUUGAACCACAAGUAAUAUUGAUUUUAUCUAAAAGAAUCUUGGAGUAUGAAAUAUUGUAAAAUUUUAAAGUUCUUUAUUUUUCUAGUAAACCUUUUCAUACGCUAAUGUGGCUACACAUUAAUUCUGAAUUUCAGAUGAAAGGAAAAUAAAGUGGACAAUAAUUAACUCAUA